AUGCCGGAGCCCGCUCCAGCCUCUCAUCCUUCUCCUUCUGGCCUCAAGAGGUUCCAUGGAGAUUCCCGGCAGGUGCAUACGAGAUCCAUGUAUGAGUAUGACAUCAUCACCCGCUUGCUGUGUCCUUUCUUCUCCAUGCUUUUGAGAUGGAUGUAUCGCAUCCUCCUGCUGUGUUGCGUCUUGUCCGUGUUUCUCUGGCUGUUCCAGCUCGGUUUCGACAUUAUUCAGCUCCUUUUAGUUUCCACGCGACCAUGGGAGCAACCAGAGAAUCCGCAGGUGGAUAUGGUCAUGGUGACCACCCUGGUGAUCCGGUGUCUAUUGCCUUCCAUCUUCUUCCAGAAGCAACCCCGCCUAGUGUUUCUGUAUCCUCUCUCCUCGGUGGUUCCGGUGCUGGUCAUGCUCUUAUUCUCUUGGGUAUUUCCGUGGCUGCUCCAGCUUUUCACGAGGCUGUGGGGGGGCCAACCGGAGAAUCCGCAGCUAGAAGUGGAGAUCCUCGCCGCCUCCGUCGUGGUGCUCCAGUGGUUGCAGUUCAUCUUCUGCCGCGAGCGCUUCCGGCGAAACCGCUUGCUGGUUCAGUGGGGCGCAUGGUCAGCUUACUACGCACCCCUACCUCUUGCGGCUUUCGCCGUCGGGGUGAUGCUCAAGUUCCGGUGCCCUUACUGGCUGGUGGCCAUCUUCUUUGCCGCCGGGAAGGCGGACUCUAUGGCAGCCUAUAGGCUCGACGACGAUAGCCAAAAGGUGAGGCGCUUUGCCAAGCGGACCUUGAUGCUUGCCUAUCUGAUUCUUGCCUUGCUGCAACUGCAAGGAGAAGGAGGUUCCGUCCCUUGCCGGCGGCGCCCUGUCGCGGAGAUGUACUCCCUCGCUCUGGGUUUGUUUGUAUUCUUGGUACAUCUCAAAAUUACAAGCAUGGAGAUGAUCCCUUCCAUUGAUAUCUGCAUGGUCGCUGCUGAGGCCGUGAGACACCGGGGCAAGAGGACCACUCCUGCCCACCGAGCUGUAGUCGCCGUGGGUUCACUCGAAUCUCGUGGGACUGCCGUGUCGGGAUGCACAACCUACAAAGAUAUACUGCACCUCAACUACUCCUCGGAGUUGAAGGACGCCUGCUUAUCUUCUUCCUCGUUCCUUCAGCUGCUGCAGCGCUACAGCGCAUCUCAGUCUCAGGCGGAGGUGGUCGACUCUUCUUCAAGCGUGAAUAACAUCCUGAGAGCAGAUAAGAGCACCAAAAGAGCCUUCAAGAUAGUUGAGGUGGAGCUGUCUUUCUUGUACGAUUACUUCUUCUCUACUCAUGGGUCACCUUCUCACACUUCCUACCGGCUUUACAACGACUACUCCAUAUCCAAGAUUGGCUUCCUUUUCAGUAUUCUCAGUUUGGUCUAUCCCGCUGAUGAUGAGGAGGAGGCUGCAAAAGCAAAGCCAGAGCUCGGCGCCUCUGUUUAUGCGGUAUAUGCUCUUAUCCUGCUGGAACUGUGCCAGCUUGUUGUUUACCUGACAUCAAAUUGGCUUGUGGUAUCCGUCAUGUGUGACCGUGCUAAGAAUUCACGGCACACAUCACCGUUGCUGCGGAUCCUCGGCACUCUGUUCAGAAGAGCAGGAUCCCAACAACGUAGAUGGCCAAACGAGCUUGGGCAGUAUGUCCUCAUUGAAAAUUGUCACCGCACUUCUCUGAAGGAAAGGUUGUUGGGAAGUCUACUCGGACUGCGUCAAAGAGGAAGCCUUGGUAGUCCUGUUGCACUGUCUGACGAAAUGAAGAGAUGGGUUCUUGAUAAGGCUGCGGCAGAUCACAGUGGGUUCACAUUUCCUAUAGAUGAUGAACUAUCUUGGGCGUGGAGACAGGACACCGAGGCCCGAACCAUCCUGAUAUGGCACAUCGCAACAUGGUUUUGUGCCAAGACUGAAGAGAAGAUGGUAUUUCCUACAAGUGCAUGUGGACUACUCUCUUUACCGGAAUAUAGAGUUGCUGUAACGUUAUCGAGCUACUGCGCUUACCUGGUGACGUUUCGUCCAGAGUUGCUUCCCGGGCAUCACACCAUCGCAGCAUCUGUCUUUGACGAAGCAAUCACGGAGGCAGAGUUCUAUCUUGAAGGCCAAACAUCACCCAGUGAGAGGUACACAAGGAUGGCAACCUGGUUACGGAAACAUGAUCCAUCCUAUCAAAGGUUACGGAAACAUGAUCCAUCCUAUCAAAGGUUACGGAAACAAGGUUCACCGGACCUAGGAAUCCUUAAGUUGGGUGUCAGACUAGGUCGACAGUUGAUAGACAUGGAGGGCGGCGGCAGCAGCAGCAGCAGUAGUUACAAAUAUUGGAAGACAAUAGCCAACUUCUGGAUCGAGAUGCUACUGCACGUGGCUCAAGCAGACAAUGUAAAAGCUCACAUUGAACAUCUGGCAAAAGGCGGAGAGUUCGUCACUCAUCUGUGGGCCUUGCUAUCACAUGCUGGUAUCAAGCGGAACAGCCCCUUCGACUUCAAGCAGACCAAGGAUGAUGGCGCUAAGAGUGGACAAGCGUACGAAAGUAAAGGUAAAGGACGCGCCAAUUGA